CGCUUCUCUCCAGUUGGGGGCGUUAUGCCGCUGCUGUGGUCAUACAGACGAGGAAGAGCACCUUCACGUCGCGUUUGUAUUGUUAUCUUGCGACAGUCUCGUCUCAUCUAACUUUAUUGUUUUUUCCCUGAGUGUAGUUUGAGCGGUGGAUUAACACACUCCUCUCCCACUACUCAGUAGUUGCUUUGUACGUGUCUGUUCUGAAUAGAGCCACCAAAAUGUUGAUUAAGGUUAAGACGCUCACAGGCAAAGAAAUAGAGAUCGACAUCGAGCCCACGGAUAAGGUAGAGAGGAUCAAGGAAAGGGUUGAAGAGAAGGAGGGAAUUCCGCCACAGCAACAAAGGCUGAUCUACAGUGGAAAACAGAUGAACGAUGAGAAAACGGCAUCAGACUACAAGAUCCAAGGAGGAUCUGUACUACAUCUAGUCCUCGCACUCAGGGGAGGCGGGAUAAUCUACUGACCCCUUAGUUUCUCGGUGCUCGUGGAAUGGCUGUUCAGCUUGUGCUCCUCACAGAACUGAUUAUGGCCCCGUAUGACGAGAGCAUGUGAUUUUCGUCGUACACCCAGAACAAGUCUAGAUAUUCUUUUUGUUUUAGACGUCUGAAAAGCAAGUGGAACUUCACUUUGAGCCACAUUAACAUACUGAUGCCACCAUUCCAGCAAAUCAGAGCUUCUUUAACCAUCAGCCUCUGCAAAGAAGAGAAACAAAACAGUGUUGAAAGGCAAGACAUGUUCACUUUAGUCCAUUAUGUUCGAGUAUGUUGCAGACAUUUGGUUAUUUUUCUAAUGAAUAAAAGGAUUUAGCUUUGUGGCUCAUUCUCAAAUGACUUUAACUGUAAGGUUGUGUCCUAAUCUUUGAUUUGUGAGUAUUUCAGAUUAAGAAAAAUAAAAGCCAUCCUGCUUUUG